AUGAGAUUCACCUUGAUCAGCCUUGCCGUCUCGCUCAGCGCCUCAGCUGCUUAUGGCUCGACUAUCGGGGCACGACAAACUUCUGAUGUCGACACCUCCACCCGAGUCAUCAACACUAGCAACAGUAGCUCUCUCAUGCCAAGCAGCAACUCAAGUAGCCCUUCGUCCAAUGGCACCAACGUGAACAACAGUAGCUCUCCUCUCCCAAGCAGCAACUCAAGCAGUCCUUCGACCAAUGGCACUUCGAGCGUGAAUGGUACAGCCACCCCAUCCAAAGACUCUAUUCAAGCCAAGAUUGAUAAAUUGGAGGCCAAAAUUGCCAAAUAUAAAAAGGAAAUUGCUCAUGAAGAAGAGAAGCUCGCCAAACUAAAAGCCAAGAAACAGGAUGAGGGUCAUGGCAAAAAGGAUGACAAGAAAAGUCCGGAUGACAAGAAGAGUCACGACGGCAAGAAAAGCCAUGAUGAGAAGAAACCCAAAGAGCACGGUAAGCCUGGCAAGGACGCCGACAAACCAGCCCCCGCGAAGAACGGGACAUCAACUGAUCCUAUGACAAACGGUACAUCAACUGGUCUUGCGGCAAACGGAACAUCAACUGGUCUUACGACAAAUGGUACAUCAACUGAUCCUACAGCAAACGGGACAGCAAUUGUUUCACCCGCCUCAGGUGCAGCAACCAAUAAAACGGGAUAG